CCGUGUGGCGGGCAGCGGCGCUGGUGGAUACAGCGCGGCCCACCUGUUGGCCCCCAUCAUUGAAGAGCCUGGUGACCUUUGAAGAUGUGGCUGUGCGUUUCUCCCAAGAGGAGUGGGAGCUCCUUGAUGCAGCCCAGAGGCACCUGUACCACAGUGUAAUGCUGGAGAACUUUGAGCUCAUGACCUCACUUGGCUGUUGGCAAGGAGUGGAGGGUGAGGAGGCUCAUCCUAAGCAGAAUGUUUUUGUAGAAGGGGUGUCACAGGUCAGGAUCCCCAGCGCACAUCCUUCCAUCCAGAAGACUAACUCCUGUGACAUGUGUGGGCCAUUCUUGAAAGACAUUUUGCACCUGGCUGAGCAUCAGGGAACACACCCUGAAGAAAAACCCUAUACAUGUGGAGCAUGUGGGAAAGACUUUUGGUUCAAUGGAAACCUUCACCAGCACCAGAAGGACUGUAGUAGAGAGAAACCCUUUAGAUCAUACAAGGACAGGGACUCAUUUAUGAAGAGCUCUAAAGUCCACCUGUCAGAGAAGUCCUUCGCUUGGGGGGAAGGUGGGAAGGCCAUCUUAGACAAUCAUUACCUCCUCCAGUAUCAGGCUAUUGACAGUGGGAGGAAGCCAUAUUCCAGUCUUGGGACACUCCCAGAAGUCCAUACCACACAGAAACUCUUCAAGUGCUGCUACUAUGGAAAAGCCUUCCUGAAGAGCUCCACCAUCCUCAAUCAUCUGCGUACUCACUCUCACUCAGAAGAGAUACCAUUUAGAUGCCCAACAGAUGGAAAUUUCUUAGAGGAGAAAUCAACUCUUGUUAAUAAAAAAUUUCCCACUGAAGAAAUACCCCAUGUGUGUAAAGAGUGUGGGAAGGUCUUUAGUCAUCCAUCAAAACUGAGGAAGCACCAGAAAUUUCACACUUUAGUAAAAUAUUAUGAGUGCAGUGAAUGUUGGAAAACGUUCAGCCACAAACUCACACUUGUUCAUCAUCAGAGAAUCACACAGGAGAAAAACCUUAUAAGUGCAGUGAAUGUGGGAAAGCCUUCAGUAACAGGUCACACCUCAUUCGGCAUGGGAAUGUUCACACUGGAGAAAGGCCUUUUGAGUGCCUCAAAUGUGGAAGAGCCUUCAGCCAAAGCUCCAAUUUCCUUCGGCACCAGAAAGUUCACACCCAAGUACGACCUUAUGAAUGCAAUCAAUGUGAUAAAUCCUUCAGCCGAAGCUCUGCUCUUAUUCAGCACUGGAGAGUUCACUCUGGAGAAAGACCUUAUGAGUGCAGUGACUGUGGAAGAACUUUUAACAAUAACUCCAACCUUGCUCAACACCAGAAAGUUCACACUGGAGAACGACCUUUUGAGUGCAGUGAAUGUGGAAGAGACUUCAGCCAAAGUUCUCACCUCCUUCGACAUCAGAAAGUUCACACUGGCGAACGGCCUUUUGAGUGCAGUGAAUGUGGCAAAGCUUUCAGCAAUUGCUCCACCCUCAUUCAGCACCAGAAAGUACACAGUGGGCAAAGGCCUUAUGAAUGCAGUGAGUGUAGAAAAGCCUUCAGCCGCAGCUCCAGCCUGAUUCAGCACUGGAGAAUUCACACUGGAGAAAGACCUUAUGAAUAUAGUAAGUGUGGGAAAGCCUUUGCUCACAGCUCUAGUCUCAUUGAGCAUUGGAGAGUUCACACAAAAGAACGGCCUUAUGAGUGCAAUGAAUGUGGGAAAUUCUUUAGCCAAAACUCCAUUCUCAUUAAACAUCAGAAAGUCCACACUGGAGAAAGGCCUUAUAAGUGCAGUGAAUGUGGGAAAUUAUUUAGCCGAAAGUCCAGCCUCAUUUAUCACUGGAGAAUUCACACUGGAGAAAGACCAUAUGAAUGCAGUGAGUGUGGGAGAGCCUUCAGCAGUAACUCCCACCUGGUUCGUCACCGUAGAAUUCACACACAAGAAAGGCCCUAUGAUUGCAUCCAGUGUGGAAAAGCCUUUAGUGAAAGAUCCACACUUGUUCGACACCAGAGAGUUCACACCAGAGAAAGGACUUAUGAAUGCAGCUAAUGCAGGAAAAUAUUCAGCUGUCUUUGUAACCUUGCUCAGCAUAAAAGGAUUCAUACUUGAGUGGAAACUUAUGGAAGUGGUUCUUGUUAGAAAAUCCUCAGAUGAGUCACACUUCAUGCAGCAGAAUCUCCACCCCCGAUAAAUUAUCUAAAUGUACUACUGGCCGGGCGCCGUAGCACUUUGGGAGGUUGAGGUGAGAGGAUCGCCUGAGCCCACAGGUUCGAGACCAGUCUGGGUA